CUUAUACUUUUUUUUCUGAUGAUUAUCGUAAUAAUUUUCAUCUCGACCAGGCGGGGCUCCCCUAUUCCUCGCUCUGCCCCCAUUAAAAAUGGCAAAUAUAUAGAGACCAUCACCAGCUGUGGCAUAGUCGAAGGAAAAAUCGAGGAUAGUUCUGUGGCCUUUAGAGGAAUACCUUACGCCAGACCACCAGUGGGGAACCUUAGGUUUGAAUACGCCCAACCUUUGAAUAGUUUGGAGUAUUGUUGGAACGGUACUUUCUUGGCCCAUAAUGCCACUCCACCUUGUUUGCAGAUAUUGAAUAAUAACACCGUUACAGGAAUAGAAGAUUGUCUUACGCUGGACGUAGUCACGCCAUAUGUAAAAUACGACAACCCUCUGCCAGUUAUAGUCUUAAUAGGAGCAGAUAGUCUUGUGGGUGGUUCACCGGGGAAACUACGGCCUUCGGCCAGAUACGCUCGCUCCAAGGACGUGGUCUUUGUUAGACCGAACUUUAGAAUUGGCGCUUUGGGUUUUUUGUCUUUGGACAUGCUGAGCCAGUCCUCUUACCCCCGCACGUCUGGGAAUUACGGACUGUCAGAUAUCUUGCAGGCUUUGCACUGGAUCCAGUUGAAUAUCGAACAUUUCGGUGGAAAUAAGGAGAGCGUUACUUUGGUGGGGCAUAGGGCUGGAGCCACUUUAGUAACCGCCUUGUCUACCAUACACAAUGCGAAGAAUUACUUUGCAAGGGCUUGGGCCUCGUCAGGGGGCUCAAUUUAUCCGUCCAAACCGAGGGACGAAUCUGAAGCGGAAUUCCGACAGUUUUUGCAAACCGUCAACUGUCAAGAUGUAACGUGUUUAAGAGAAUUACCCGCUAAGAAACUGGUCAGUUCUGUGCCGGACACUUGGAGGAAACCGCAACCGGAUCUGCCUACGAAGGACGAGGAACCUGACAAAAGGCAUCAGUGGCUGGUAAUCGACGGAGUGAUCCUAAGGGAAAGUCCUAACGAAGUAUGGUCCAGAGGCCCUCUGCCAGUACACUUAGUAAUCGGUUCAGCCGCACAAGCCGGUAGCACCGAAAAACUCCGUCUGAAGAACACCAACUGGACCGAAACCCUCGUCAGGCACCACGUGAAAGAGUCAAUAAUCGGCGCACAGAAUCUCACCAAUGACGCCCUAAAAAAAUACACCUCGACUUAUUGGGGCUUAAGUUCGAUGGUCACAGAUAUCCGGAUAGUGUGCCCUUUAGUAUCCAUUUGGAAGAACAUGGAUAACGUUACGAUUUACGUGGUGAACCAGACCCGUAGCACGGACAAGAUCGCCGAUAUCGAUUCGGAUAUCGACGCGAUUUUGGGUCGAUACGAGCCUAAAACCCCUGAACAACGGAGGUAUUUUUCAGCGAUGCAGGGGCUGUUUUAUCACUACGUUUGGCACGGUAAAAUCGACGAAAAGGGACCGGGUAAGAAUGUUCUUAUUAUCGAUCAAGACGUGUUGCCUAACGCGACUUAUUCCCAUUGCGAGUAUUGGACUUUGAAAGGUAUCGUGCCUAAGUACGCCGCUUUGGAUUAAUUACUGCUUGCUGUGCGUGUUUAUCUUCAAGUAAUAUUUACUUAUUCUAUGUAAUAAUAUUGGUCGCUAUUUGUAUUAUCAGAUGUAAAAAGUAAGUACGGGAAUUAAUUUAUUUUUCCAGGCAGUUGCAAUGCGCUCUAUUUCACAUCCCUGGAAAUUAAUUAAACAUUGGUUAAUUUUAAGGCAAAAAAUUGUCGAGGCUUACCAAAGGGGCCGAAUAUACAUAAUUUUUACCGGUAAAAUCUUCUUGUUUUACUAUAUGAAUUUCUAUUUAAUUCGAGUACAAAACAUUUAAAAUAAAUGAGAUUAAAUUAAUCCAAGCCCGAAAUACAUUAAAUGAGAAAAACGACCUUUAUGUUAUUGAUAUGUUCAUAUCCUAAUGAUAUUAAUAUUAAAAGAGGCAUGUUGCAGUAUUUUUGCAAAAUAGAAGAGAAAAACAUUAAAAAUUAUUGAAAAAAUUUGUGUUUAGCGACUUUUCUGUUUUAAGAAGGUCUAAAGAAACUUGAUUUA